AUGCGUUCCUACAUUCUUAGCGGCGCUGUGGCCCUGAGCUCCGCGCUCGGUGCCUCCGCCGCAGCCACCGCCACUUCCGCCUACAGUGAUUCGCUUUCCGGCAUGGACUUCCAGAGGUGGUGCGAUUCUGAUACGGGUUUCUGUUUCGGUAUUGCGCUGCCCGAGACCGUGGAGAAGAGCUUCAUCGGUCAGCUGAGUGUGCCUCUCGACAGCUCUAAGGGAUGGGGUGGUGUCAGUAUGUCCGGUUCUAUGACCAAGGCUCUCCUCAUCGCAGCCUGGGCCAACGGCGACUCUGCUGUCGGAACUCUCCGCGAGACUAGUGCCUACUCUAGCCCCGAGGUUUACAGCGGUGAUGCCAGCAUUCUCGAAAUCCCCGAGGGAACCUCCGUCAACAGCACUUUCCUCACCUAUACCUUCCUGUGCGAGAACUGCAUUCUCGGCGAGCCUACCACCUUCGGCGCCACCGAAGACACCUACUACUUCGGCUGGGGUCUCGCUACGACCAGCCCUACUACCCCCUCCUCCGAUUCUUCUGCCAUGCCUUUCCACGGAGCCGGCUACGGUGGCUUCGAAGUCUACCUGUCCAAGGCCAAGUCGUCUAGCUACGCCACCUGGGCUGCGAAGGCCGUCUCGAGCACAUCUACUGCCUCUGCAUCCGCCUCGGUUACCAGCCCUUCUGCCAGCGCCUCGGCCAGUGUCGUCGCCACGGUCUCGAACACGACCUAUGAUUACAUCGUUGUCGGAGGCGGUGCUGCCGGUAUCGUUGCCGCUGAGCGUCUGGCUGAGACCAGCAAGAAGGUUCUGCUGAUCGAGCGUGGUGUGGCUCCGACCACGGAGCUGGGUGCGACCGAUGCUCUUUCGUGGAACUCCUCGAUGACUCCUUUCGAUAUCCCCGCCCUCGGCAGCUCCCUCACCUCCCUCAACUUGAUGGGCGACUACCUCUGCGACGAUACUGCGGGCAUGGCUGGUUGUGUUCUGGGUGGUGGUACCAUUGUCAACGCCGAAUCCUUCAUCCACCCCCAGGAGGCCGAUUUCGAUGACAAGUGGCCCACCGGCUGGAAGUGGAAGGAUAUUGAGGCGGCUGCUAACCGUCUCUACGCGCUCAACCCCGGAAGCACUCUUCCCUCGGCCGACGGCAAGCGGUACGACCAGGGCAUGUACACUGUUCUUUCCGGCUUCCUGAAGGGACUUGGAUGGAAGUCUGUUGACUCCCAGAAGCAGCCCAACGAGAAGCACAUGGUGUACAGUUACCCCUCCUGGGAUGUCGGCAAUGGUAUCCGUGCUGGUCCCGUCCGCUCCUACCUCCCCUUGGUCCAGGACCUUGAUAACUUCAGCCUUCGCACGAGCACCAAGGUCCGCCGUCUUGUACGCCGCAGCGCCCGCGUCACUGGUGUUGAGGUCGAGACCAGCUCUGGUGGCAUCGAGAUCAUCAACCUGAAUGCUGGUGGUAAGACUGUCAAGAGCGGCAACACUGGCAUCACCCUCCCUCCUUCCUCGGAGUGGAUCAACCUGCCCGUUGGCCAGAACCUCCGUGACCACCCCAUGUUCACCAUCACCGUCAACACCAACAGCAACUUCACCCACUUCAACACCUCCAGUGUUGUUCCCGGCCCCAGCGCCGCCGUUCAGAAGCUUUUUGCUGAGGGCUCCGGUGUCCUCACCCAGGGUGGCCACCGUCUCCAGUUCUGGACCUCCAACGUUGGAACCGAUGGCAUUACUCGUUUCUACCAGGCUUCCUGCAGCACCAGCACGGACGGCGUUAUCACCAUGAAGCUGUACCUGACCCACGGUGCCACCUCGACCGGUGUCCUUGGCAUUGACAGCUCCGGUACCACCACCCUCGAGACCGACCCCUGGUUGCAGACUGCCGCGGACAAGGAAGCCGUCACCCGCUUCUUCCAGAGCUUGAUCGACGACAUCAGCAACUCCACCUCCGGUUUCUCCAUCUCGGGAACCUCGACUGCCUCCGGUAUCCUUAACCUUAUGACCAGCGGCGACCACUUUGUCGGCACUGCGAAGAUCGGCACUGACGAUGGCCGUGUCAACAACGGUACUUCUGUCGUUGAUCUCAACACCAAGGUGUACGGUACCGAGAACUUGUAUGUUGUUGAUGCCAGUAUCCACCCCGAUCUGCCCACCGGUAACACCCAGGCGAUCGUCAUGAUUGCCGCGGAAGCCGCUGUGGCCCGCAUCAUCGCUCAGGGCACGGACACCGUUAGCGCCGCCAGCUCGUCUAUUGCUGUUUCUGCGGCUUCUACCGCUGCUGCCCACUACGCAUCUGCUACCGAGUCCUCGGUUGCUGUCAGCGUUGCGACGGCUACUCCCGAGACCACCGCUGCCAGCGUUGCCGCCGAGGCGACCGCCACUGCUACCUCCGAGUCCAGCUCUGCUUCUUCCAGCUCUGCCUCCACCUCCGACGAGGAUGAGGAUGACGAGGACUUGCCCGACUGCGACGAUGAGGACGAUGACGAGGAGGAGACCAACCCUGAGGAUAGCUUCUCGGGCUCUGUCUCUGUGACGGCCCACAAGGCUGUCGCUACCCAGGCUGGCUCCGGUGCCUCGACCACCACCGUGUGGGUGACCUCGACCGCCUGGACUACGACGACCGAAGCCGUGGUUACCACCACCACUUCUACCGUCACUGUCUGGCCCACCUACGCCUAG